AGCAGGCAACCACAACGAACCGCCUCCAAGUUGCCUUCCUUGAACUUCAACACCAACGAAAAUGCCGCCAAAUUUUCCGUGACUUCAAAAGUCAAAUAACACUACCGCCUGCUACACGUCAAACUACGACACCAGGCCAAUUUUUGAUAUGAACCCAGCAUUUCACCAUUUUUGCAAUUUUGGGAACGGAUCGAGCCGGCCCAGGUCAUGGCCGACCAGUCCAGGCCCAAGCCCAGUGUUUGGGGUACGACCGUGCCGUUCCAGUCUAUGAGGCAGCCAUAUCAACGGAUUCAGCGGGUCCAGUCUACAAGUAGUACCACUGCGCUCGCCGCUGGGCAGAAGCGGGCCUAUGAUGCUUACUCGUCUCACAAUUCCAAUCAAACCGAUGCGGCACCGCAGGGCAGAGUCCCGCCGCCGCCCGUUUUUUCGCCCUACUGUGAAUAGCAAGACUACGAAUGAACCACCAAGGCUAGCUGCAAGUCGUAUUGAAUAUGCGGACGGCUCUGUCAUCAGAGAACAGCCAUCCGAGUACUCGCAACGGCAGGUCUUUGCCGCCACACCAACAUCAACCGUUGACCCUUUGCUUUCCCUCUUACAUCCAGCCUACGGGCUUCCCGCCCAGCUCGUAGCAAACUUUGCUGCUCUCGGCAUUAAGACCAUCUACCCAUGGCAGAAGCAAUGUCUUGGCGGCCCCGGUCUCUUGGAAGGGGACCGAAACCUGGUGUAUAGCGCCCCCACCGGCGGCGGCAAGUCGCUGGUUGCGGACGUCCUCAUGCUGAAGCGGGUGCUCGAAGACCGCAAGGCCAAAGCCAUAUUGGUGUUGCCAUAUGUUGCUCUUGUCCAGGAGAAGGUGCGGUGGCUCCGGAACAUCGUCGGCGGCAUCUCGCGCGAGGAGCUCGAAGAGAACGAGCAAACUGAGAAGCCGGGAUUCUGGGCUCCGAGGGCGGACAAAGACACCAUCCGAGUGGUUGGUUUCUUUGGCGGGAGCAAGAUCAGAGCCACGUGGGCCGACUUUGAUAUUGCAGUCUGUACUAUCGAGAAGGCGAAUUCUCUCGUGAACGCGGCCAUUGAGGAUUGCUCCAUCUCCACGUUGCGGGCUGUUGUCUUGGAUGAGUGCCACAUGAUUGAUGACGGUCAUCGAGGGUAUUUGCUGGAGCUCAUGGCUACCAAAUUGCUGUGUCUCGGCCAGCCAGUCCAGAUCAUUGGCAUGAGCGCCACUCUAACGAACAUCGAGCUCCUCAAAAAGUGGCUGCAGGGCCAUUCAUACGAGACUCAUUACCGCCCAGUUCCCAUCGAAGAGCAUCUGGUGUAUGAUGGGAAGGUGUAUGCCGCAGGGUCUACCGCCAGUCUCCUUAAAACAGUAAGCCAACUAGAGUCAAAGAGCCAAUUCAGCCAGCCCCGGUUGCAGCCAUUGAGAACCAUCCACGCUUCCGACCAUAAAGAGCUCACCGACCCUGUUCGGAAUGCCGUCGUCGCUCUUGCCAAUGAAACAGCCAGGGCCGGUUAUGGGGUGCUAGUAUUCUCGAGCAGCCGUGCUGGUUGUGAGUCGGAUGCCGUUUUGAUAAGCCGAGUCUUGCCAACUCUUGAAGAAGCCGAUCCCGCCAUCCAAGAGAAGAGGCUGGAUCUGCUGAGUGACCUGCGCAGUCUGAGUACCGGGUUGGACCCGAAGCUGAAGCAGACUAUCCCCUUUGGCGUAGCCUUCCACCAACGAGAACUAGUAGCAAACGCUUAUGACCACGGGGUGCUUAAAGUUUGCGUGGCAACAUGUUCCCUCGCUGCCGGUAUCAAUUUGCCUGCGAGACGAGUGAUCCUCCACGGUGCCCGUAUGGGUCGUGACCUUGUCGGCCCUGCUAUGCUUCGGCAGAUGCGAGGGCGAGCCGGCAGGAAGGGCAAAGACGAGGUAGGCGAAACAUACCUGUGCUGCCGCCAAACUGAUCUAGAAGCCGUCGUCGACCUCAUGCAUGCAGAGCUUCCAGAAUUAUCAAGCUGUCUUAUUUCAGACAAGCGUCGUGUCCAAAGGGCCUUGCUUGAAAUCAUCGCAAUUAGACUGGCCACAAGCCAAGACUCCCUCGACGACUACGUGAGCAAAACUAUGCUCGCCUACUCGGCGAAGUCACAAUCGAUACAGGAGACCGUCGAGGCAUGCAUGGCCGACCUCAAGACCAUGGGGUUCAUCGAAGUUGAAGACAACGGCGACUUCCAAGCUACCUUGUUGGGAAAGGCAGUUGUUGCGUCGUCGCUUGAUCCCGAAGACGGCAUCUUCAUCCACAACGAGCUAAAGAAGGCGCUACAAGCGUUCGUGUUAGACGGCGAUAUGCAUGUGCUCUACAAUUUCACGCCAGUCCACGACCUAGACAGCGUCCCGGUCAACUGGAAGGUCUUUUGGAACGAGAUGCAACAGCUCGAUGCUAGCGGCCUCAGGGUCAUGCAUUUCUUGGGCCUCAAGCCCUUCAUAGUUGACAAUAUGCUCCACGGGGGUAAUCUGAAGGAGUCAACACCCAAAGAAAAAGAAAAUGCACGACGCUACCACCGGUUCUACCUCGCGCUGCAGCUGCGUGAUCUUUGCAACGAGAAACCCAUACACCGGGUCGCAGAAAAGUACGACAUGCCGCGGGGGUCCGUCCAGACUCUGGCUCAGACCUGCCAGGGGUUCGCUGCCGGGAUGAUCAAGUUCUGCGAGACGAUGGGCUGGGGGGCCAUGGCGGCCGCACUCGACCACUUCUCCGACCGACUCAAGGCCGGGGCCAGAUCUGAUCUCCUGGCGCUUGCCAAGAUUACGUUUGUGAAGAGCAGGACGGCGCGGAUUUUCUGGGACAACGGCCUGAAGACGGUCGGGGCCGUCGCUAGUGCGGAUCCGAAGGAGCUGCUGCCGGUGCUGAUGCAAGCGCAGCCCAACAAGGUGAAGUUGGGGGCCAAGGACGAGCAAAAGUUCAGGGACAAGCUGCUUGCGAAAGCGAAGAUCAUCGCCGACUCGGCAAACAGGCUAUGGCAGAUCGAGAUACAGAUGGAGAUGGAGGAAGAAUAGCAAGACGUCGACUUCUAAUCGGUUGCUCGGCCCCAUCGGGAGUGCCCGAUCCUUCGGGAAACAAGGCGGUCCUAUCUCUCGGCGCCACGUUACAAGAGCGUUGGGGAAACACGGACGUAGGUAAUAUGAUGGAUAGGAGAUGCCGCCCGGGCCCUGUGCAUGAUUUGUUUGUAGGCAGGUAUUAAUGGACUGUGUAGAUUGCUGGCAUUGUCAAACUCGUAGCAGUGAUGCCUAGCCUGGUGGAUUCGAAGAGUGACCAAACACUACGGCCAAACCCCACCGACCGGUAGGUUUUGGAGAGGAACCGGAGAAACUGGUGAGAAGCUGGUGUAAAGUCGAGCUGAG